AUCAAUGCACACAUUAACAGGCUUAUGGCUAAAAGUUUGCAGUUUGAUGUUAUGGGGAUCGAGAUAGAUCUCGUGUCUCAUAUUAGUGUUGUUACAGCUACAUUGAUCUAAACUAAUAUUGAUACAGAGGAUCACUAAUUUAUUUUGGGUAUUUCAAACUCGAAUCUCACAAACAAAGAUUUGACCAUUCUUUUGUUUGAAGUUAUUAUUGCAGGAAAAACAUAGCCUAAACUUCAAGCCACUGAGGAUAACUGGGUAGCACUAGCUGAGCUCAAGAUAUUUUCUCAAUAUGUCGUUGACAUAAUCAAGAAAAUAAACUUCUAGGAGCACAAGAAGUAGAGGAAGUUAAAAAAGCAAAUAAAUCCAAGCUAUGGAAAAUGCCUUUCGUACAUCCAAGAUAGGAAGAUUAUUUAAAGACUUAUCCUUCCAAAUCUUUUCUAGAACUGGGACUAGCCAAGAACUAGAGAAGGAUUCUAUAGGUUUAAGGGUUCAGUAUAGGCUGCAAUUAUUUGUGUGAAUUUUUCAAACCACAUUGAUCUAGUCUGGAUGGAAACUUUAAGUCCUAAUAUGGUGGAGCACACAAAAAUUACUAAGAAAGAGAAGUCUCUGAGGCCGAAUCUUAUUUUGGCUUAAAAUCUAUCUCCAUCAUUAGAUUGGGAUGCAUAAAAAAUGAAUGAUAACCAAAUGAUGGAUUUUAUUCCAAGAAUAGCCAAGUUGGGUUAUUGUUGGCAGUUCAGUACUUUUUUUGGUUUCCUUUGUGAUGCACUCAUCGUCGACACAUUUGCUAAGGAUUUUGCCUAGAAGGAAAUGUUGGCUUAUAUGGAAAAAAUACAUAAGAAGAUGAUAUUAAAAGAUUUUUGGAAAAGUUUUGGAGUUUAUGGUAGGGGUUUGAGGGUAUUUUGGGACCCUGAGGCAGUAAAGAAAAUUUACUGGAACAUUGUCCCACCUGGGGAAAAUGUAGAGGGAAAUCAUGAUAACCCUGGAGUACAGACUCGGUCUAGGGUCCCUACUCUUAAAUAUAUUGCUCUAUCUGAGGUUACACCGGUUCCUACUAGUCAUCUUCUAGCUUCCCAAGCUGGUGAUAACCAUGCUCAGUUGCUUCAUGGAGAUAUUUCAAAUGCAAAGUUUUAUCAGUCGUUCAUAUGCUUGCCUAGAUUAUGGUGUUGUAGUCUUUUCAAUCUGAUCAUGCUGGUAGGUGGUUUGUAUGCAACAGGUGGAGGCGGAGAAAAAGAAGCAAGUAGAGAUAGGAAAGAGGCAGAUGCCAUUGAGGAUGUAGGUGUUAAUGAUUUGCUAUCCUAUAAGGAAGUUCCAGUUGAGAUAUUGGAUAGGCAAGUUCAGAAGUUGAGAGCUAAGGAAAUAACUUCAGUGAAGGUGCUUUGGUGGAAUCAAAAGGGAGGCAUCCCCUUUACUGCUGCUAUGGGCAAAGGAGUGACUGAGGAGCAGUUUGAGCAAAAAUGGACAAGGACUGCAACUGCAAACUUGGGUGAUGAAAAUAUGGUGAUUGCAAAGUCAAGGAUGUAA